ACGCACUCCCUCUACCUUCUCGUGGCCGCGCGCACGUUUUGGGGGGAGCGCUUGAUUGAGGCAGCUGCGCUCGUCCCACGGACGCUAUUUCGUUCGAUAUUUACCUGUAAACACAAGCAAGGAGCACUUCUAGCAACAUUUGGGCGUCUUCACUUACGUUUUUUAUUUUAUUUUUAAACUGUCGUGGAUAAGGAUAUCACACUGAAGGAGGACUGCUUUAUUAUUUUUUUUCUCUUUUUUUUUUUUUCUCCUCUUGGAGGGACCCCCGCACGGGAGAAGACUGGAAGUCCACUCGGAGAGAAUACUCCUCAUCUUCCACACUCUGAAGACUUUAAGGCUCGACUGAACAUGUGGCCAGUGGACAAACUCCCGAAAAAGAUGAUCAUCCUCUAGAUGCGUCUCGUUUGGAAUAUGACUCACUCCUGGGGCUCAGCUAGCUUCACCCCUUGGCUCCUCCCCCACACCCUUGUCAACCAGUAGAACACCCCCGCCCUUACUUUUGGAAUCCUUAACCCUUCCGAGAUCGCCUCCAAUCAUGGAGCCUCAAUUGCACCGUCAGCCGCAGUCCAACCCCGUCGUCUUUGUCCCGCUGGUCCUCUUGUGCGUUUGUCUCCUUCCCGUCGCCCGGCCGCAGCGACUCCCCAUCGACCCCCAGGCCGCGCCGGAGUACGCCCACUCCAUCCGGUUGGACGGCGACAUCAUCCUGGGCGGAUUGUUCCCAGUGCACUCGCGGGGCGACCGCGGCACACCUUGCGGGGACCUCAAGAAGGAGAAGGGCAUCCACCGCCUGGAGGCCAUGAUGUUCGCCAUCGACUUGAUCAACAAGGACCCCGAGUUGUUGCCCAACAUCACGCUGGGGGCGCGGAUCUUGGAUACCUGCUCCAGGGACACGUACGCUCUGGAGCAGUCGCUGACCUUCGUGCAGGCCCUGAUCGAGAGGGACGGCUCUGACGUGCGCUGCGCCAACGGCGACCCGCCCAUCUUCACCAAGCCGGAUAAAAUUGUCGGCGUGAUCGGAGCGGCGGCCAGCUCCGUCUCCAUCAUGGUGGCCAACAUACUGCGCCUCUUCAAGAUCCCCCAGAUCAGCUACGCCUCCACGGCCCCCGAGCUGAGCGACAACACCCGCUACGACUUCUUCUCCCGCGUGGUCCCGCCGGACUCCUACCAAGCGCAGGCCAUGAUGGACAUUGUGACAGCCAUGGAGUGGAACUAUGUGUCCACGUUGGCCUCUGAGGGAAACUACGGCGAGAGCGGCGUAGAGGCCUUCGUCCAGAUCUCACGAGAAACCGGUGGUGUUUGCAUCGCGCAAUCCUUGAAGAUCCCACGAGAGCCAAAGCCGGGGGAGUUUGACAAGAUCAUUAGACGUCUGUUGGAGACCUCCAACGCCAGGGCCAUCAUUAUGUUCGCUAAUGAGGACGACAUACGGCGCGUUUUGGAUGCAGCAAAGAGGAACAACCAAACGGGCCACUUUUUAUGGGUGGGCUCCGAUAGUUGGGGAUCCAAGAUCUCCCCUGUGAUUGGCCAGGAAAGAGUGGCGGAGGGAGCCGUCACUAUUCUUCCCAAGCGAGCAUCUGUUGACGCCUUCGACCGCUACUUCCGGAGCCGCUCGCUGUCCAAUAACAGGAGGAACGUUUGGUUUGCCGAGUUUUGGGAGGAGAACUUCAACUGUAAGCUGGGCAUGCACGGGAAACGACUGGGCAUCCUUAAGAAGUGCACAGGUUUGGAGAAAGUGGGCCGCGACUCCAGCUACGAACAAGAAGGCAAGGUGCAGUUUGUGAUGGACGCCGUGUACGCCAUGGCCCACGCGCUACACCACAUGCACCGCAAGCUAUGCUACGGCUACCUGGGUUUGUGCCCGCGCAUGGCUAACAGCAUCGACGGGAAGGAGCUGCUUAGCCAUAUCCGCGCCGUCAACUUCAACGGAAGUGCCGGCACGCCUGUGGUUUUCAACGAGAACGGAGAUGCGCCGGGGAGAUACGAUAUCUUCCAGUACCAGAUCACCAACAGGUCCACAGCCGAGUACAGAGUCAUCGGCUCCUGGACCAACAAACUGCACCUCAAGGUUGAGGCCAUGCGCUGGAAAAGGGGUGACCCAUCGCUGCCGGCUUCCGUGUGCAGCCUCCCGUGCCGCGCCGGGGAAAGGAAGAAGGUGGUGAAGGGGGUACCCUGUUGCUGGCACUGCGAACGAUGCGAGGGGUACCACUACCAGGCCUCCGAGUUCAUGUGCGAGCUUUGUCCGUACGAAAUGCGACCCGACGCCAACCGCACGGGCUGCGUCCCCAUCCCCAUCAUCAAGCUGGAGUGGCAUUCGGCGUGGGCCGUGGUCCCCGUCUUCCUCUCCAUGCUGGGCAUCAUCGCCACGUCGUUUGUCAUCGUCACCUUCGUGCGCUACAACGACACGCCCAUCGUCCGGGCCUCGGGCCGGGAGAUGAGCUACGUGCUGCUCACAGGUAUCUUCCUGUGCUACGCCAUCACCUUCCUGAUGAUAGCCGCCCCGGACGUUGGCGUGUGCUCCUUGCGGAGGAUCUUCCUGGGCUUGGGCAUGUGCUUCAGCUACGCGGCACUCCUCACCAAGACCAACAGGAUCCACCGCAUCUUUGAGCAGGGCAAGAAGUCGGUCACGGCGCCCAGGUUCAUCUCCCCGGCCUCGCAGCUGGUCAUCACCUUCUCCCUCAUCUCGGUCCAGCUGCUGGGUGUGUUCUUAUGGUUCGCCGUGGACCCGCCGCACACUGUGGUGGACUACGGCGAGCAGCGGACCCAGGACCCCAGGUCGGCGCGCGGGGUCCUCAAGUGCGACAUCUCGGAUCUGUCGCUCAUCUGCUCCUUGGGCUACUCCAUCCUGCUGAUGGUCACCUGCACGGUGUACGCCAUCAAGACACGCGGCGUCCCCGAGACCUUCAACGAGGCCAAGCCCAUCGGCUUCACCAUGUACACCACCUGUAUCAUCUGGCUUGCCUUCAUCCCCAUCUUCUUUGGAACGUCGCAGUCUGCGGAGAGGAUGUACAUCCAAACCACCACCCUGACCGUCUCGCUCAGUCUGUCGGCCUCCGUCUCCCUGGGGAUGCUCUACAUGCCCAAAGUCUACAUCAUCCUCUUCCACCCCGAGCAGAACGUGCCCAAACGGAAGCGCAGUUUCAAGGCCAUUGUGACCGCCGCCGCCAUGUCGGGGAAGCUGUCGCAGAAGGGAGAUCGGCCCAAUGGGGAAGUGAAGACUGAGCUGUGUGAGAGCAUGGAGACCAACACUUCAUCUACGAAGACGACAUAUGUCAGCUACAGCAAUCACGCCACCUGAAACCAGACAAGAUGAAAAGCUUAGCGGACCAAUGGACCAACAGGCAGAAUCCAAGCAUGAGACAUUUUGUAACAUUUCACUUAAAUGGGGAGGGGGGGGGGGGUGUUCUUGCCAUUCGCUGGUCCAACCGUAAGUUUAAAAGUUUAUGUUUAAAAAAAAAUAAAAAUAAAGGACAAUGUGAUAUAAGCCUUGACUGGACUACAAAAAAAAAUACAGAAACAUUGUAUGCAUAAGGGCCAGAAAUAGUUAUUUAAAAAGAGAAAUCUAUGAGACUAAACAUGUUUGUUGUUCUUCUCUAAUUGUUAGUAUUUUUGUGGUCGUGAGAAGUUUUUCCAUUCUUGUCUCACCGUUGUCGAUGAAUUGUCCUUGCAUACUGAGAUGAGUGUUCCCUCCCACUGUCUUGGCUUACCGGGUUGUGAACCUGUAACACAACAUGGGUGACGCAUGCCGCUUUUGAUACCAAAAGGAGAUUUAUUUAUAAUAAAGGAAUGUUUUUGCAAAUACCUGGAUUGCUCUGCUUUCACCUUUCGCUAUUAAAGCUCCACAAAUUCAAAAACGCCUAUCUCCGAGUUGCCUGGGAACAAAUCGCCAACUUGAUCCAAGUAAAAAAAAAAAAAAGCAAUAAUCUAUUCUAGCUGUUGUCAUGAGAAUGCAAAUUUAGUGUCGGCCUGCGCGAUUCUGAGAUUACGCCAAACUAAUGGGGAGGAAAAACACAAACAAAACAUUACAAAGAGUAAAUGAAAGCAGUGUCCCACUUAAUUAAAAUGAAUCGGAGAUAAAACUGGGGGGAACACGACAUAAUAUCCCCUAAAUUGUAUGUGUGCAUGUGAUUAGUGUAUCUGCGGGCAGGCAGCUUGUUUUGUUUGGCCACAUUUUACUAUUGUCUACUCCAGCUUAAAAGUUCUGAGCCAAAUGUCGUAUUUUGUCACCGA